AGUCAAAGUUGAGUUCGCGUCGCGUCGCAGUGCUUCGCUUCAAGUCGGCACUCGCAGCCGAGGAGCAGGUCCUGUCGUCUACGCAUUUUGGAUUUCAGUCCGUUUUUGGCACUCGGUUGAAAUGGAUCACGAAUCGCAAAACUCACUCUGGACAUUAGUACCGAGCCUCGCGCGAUUGUCCCACGUAUUUCGAGUUACCAGUGCCCAUGCGAUAUAAGGUGGAGCAACUAAACACAAAUAAAGCAAAAAGAGGAGUAGACGGCGCGGAUAUGUUGCCGGAAAUCAAGUCUUUACCGUGCCGGAGUUGCUGUGUUGAGAUAAGAAUAUCCCAGGCCUUCACUCAUGAAGAUGAUGUCAUCCGCGGCUGAUUCGCCUCGAAGUGAAACCGACCCCAAAAGUGAAACUAAAAGUGAAAGUGGCUGUGAAUGCGAAUGUGUUGCUAGCCAAACUAUUUCGGCAGUGGGCGACCCAUGAGUAAUUUGUUUUUUGGCAAAGCCACGCCUCUUUGCCUCUUUAUGACGCUGUCAUUAGCCAUUAUCCUGGCCAAAAGUGAACCUAAGUGAGUAACGCAAUUAUAAUAAUAAUUCACGUCGAAAAGGAUCAGCGUCAAGGAACAAAAUAAAAGCAGCACAUGUAACAUGGAUAAAUGCAUAUUAAUUUGCUGUCUGCUUCAGCUGUCGAGAAAUGCAGCUGCAGUCUUUGGAGCCGUGGAGCUGGAGAAUUCAUCCACGGCCCGAAUAGAUGUAUUGCCCAGUCACCUGCCGUCGCCCCUAACUCUGACGCCGUCGACGCCGUCGAUAACGCACUUUGUAAAUGACUCCUUCAUCAUCUUUUGCAAAACAGUGCACAAGGAUGUUGACACAAAGUGGCGGGAUCCCAGGGGUCAGCCCCGUGAGAACACCAAAGGGCGCGUUCACAUUGAAAAGAAGACGGGCCAACUCGCUCUGGUCUUUGAACAUAUUUCACUGGAAGACAAGGGCAACUGGACUUGUGAAAUGGAUUCGCCCGCUGCACGAGAGCCACGAAAAUCCUUUGAGCUGCUUGUAAACCAAAAAAUAUCAUUCGACAAGACGGAGCAGGUGCAAUCGGUGCGCGAGGGGCGCGAUGCUCUGGUCAAUUGCUUUGUGCACGGCCAACCUGUACCGGAAGUCUCCUGGCUGCACAACGGCGAAUACAUAAACACUGCUAACUCCUCAAAACACAAACGACUCUCCGACGGGCUCUUCAUCAAGAAUGUUAGCCAAUCGGAUGCAGGAGAAUACACUUGUCGAGCCAUGCGAAUAACGCCCACAUUCUCAGACUCGGAUCAAAUAACGAUACUGUUGAGGAUACAACACAAGCCUCAGUGGUUCUACAACGAAACGUUGCCUGUGCAAUAUGCCUAUGUCGGUGGCUCCGUGAAUCUCAGUUGCGAUGCGAUGGGCGAACCACCGCCAUCGUUUACGUGGCUGCACAAUGGCAAAGGGAUUGUGGGAUUCAAUCAUCGCAUCUUCAUGGCGGACUACGGAGCAACUCUGCAGCUGAAUAUUCGCAAUGCCAGCCAGUUCGGGGACUACAAGUGUAAGGUGGCUAAUCCGCUGGGCAUGCUCGAGCGGAUAAUUAAGUUGCGCCCUGGCGCCAAGCCCAUUGGACCAACGCGCUUCCAACUCAAGCGUCUCUAUCCGGAUGCCUUCGAGCUGGAUCUACGGACGCCACGCAUGACCAAUGUCUCAGACGAGAUGCAAAUCUAUGGAUAUCGUGUCGCUUACAUAAGUGAAAGCGAUUUCAAAUACAGCGCCGGCAAUUGGAGCUAUGCCAAGCAGAGGGAUUUCUCGUUUCAUCGUGGACAUCGUUUCAUCAUACCCCAUCUAGAGGGCAAUACAACAUAUUUAAUGCGUGCCGCUUCACGAAAUUUGGCCGGACUUAGCGAUUGGAGCAGCGUGAAGAUUUUUGCCACAGCUGCCGCAGCUUCCCCAUGGCAUCCCUAUAGAUGGUGCAUCCACGUCUUGAUAGGACUUGCUUUGUUUUGGCACUAGACGAUGGAUGUGGAUUUUGAACGAAGUCUACUGUAGCAUUAGUUAAUAUUGUUAUUAGUAAUUAUCGUUGCUAAUUUUUGGUAAGUUGAGUUUUUGUGUAUCUUCUGUGAUAGACUUUAUGUGCAAUCCAAUUAUCCGGAAUGGAGAAUGCUUUAUAGUUACUUUGAUCAUUGCCAAUUUCGCUGCCAACAUUCGGUACUUUUAUUAAUGUAGCUUGGUUUCAUUUCAUUACAACUGGUAUAAUGGCAA